AGCCGGCUGAGGCAUCGUUCGGCUCGUUCAUCCUUUCUUUCCUCCUUCCUUUAACGUGUAUGUACGCCGCCUCCUAUUUCGGCACGCUUCGUAUACAAUGGUACUUGCAGAUACAAAUCUGGCAAGUCUUCUCCGUGACCAGCAGCAACAGCAACAGCAACCGCAAAAUCAACGGUAUCAACGUAAAUAUCAGUACGAGAGUAACAGACAGUUCCCGGUAGAGCGGGAAUCUCGACAAUGCAGCAGAUCGACAGGAAACGGAAAUCCAGAAGAAAUAUCGGUAACGAACGUAACAGAUGGAGAGAAUCUAUGUUACAGUUUAGCUCUGAUUCGGGGACGCGUGUCGACGGUAUACACCUUCAUCACUCUACGCAAUCAGAAGAACCAAAGUGCCGAAUGGCCGGUCGUGUCUGGUGAAUUUCGAGCUGUUGUAGAAUUAACACGGGGCCCGAACAAGUUGGAAUUAGAGGUGGCAGGCCAAAGGAAAAGACUGGUUCUGAUUUACGAACCGAGAACGACCAGACUACGCGUAACUCCGGUCUACGUGAUCUGCGCUGGACACGAUGGCUACUUUCAAGGGCCACGGGGAGAGGAUCGGUCGCCGGAAAGCGCUGCCACGAGAAUCGGUCUCGGUGCCCGUCUUCUGCAAACCCUCACCGCCGAAAAGUUAAGGGAGGCAGGCUACGGAAGGAAAACGUUUCAACUGGAACGAGACUUGGACGGAGCAGAGUGUUUGGUAAUGCACAGCAUGCUCGACGUUGAUCGAGCUCGCGCGAUGAAUCAACGGGAACUUUGGGAAUUGAUCGCACGGGAAUUAAUGACCGGGCAUUUAGCGUCCAAGGAUCGCAAGUAUCUCGCGUUCCUUUCUUGCACGAGGUAUCGCGGCGCUCCCAAUCCACGCACUCACGAGGACACUCUCGCGAGGACGCAAGGGCAUGCCGCCCUCGGCGGCGGUGGAUUGGCGCUCUUUGGCUCCGCUUGUCUUCACACCUGGCCCACUUGCAUCGACCAACUGUUGCCUAGAUUCCUCGACGCCACGCUUAUCGAUACCGAACAACUGAUGGACGAUAGUAAUUAUCGUGGCACGCACGGUGGAUGUCUCGCCACCACUCUUGGUUCCGUUCUUCAUGAACUCGGCCAUACUUUCGAUCUUGGCCACACUCGCGAAGGCAUAAUGGGCCGCGGAUUCGAUUACGUUGAUCGUGUCUUCGUCGGAGGAGCUGGAAUCGAUUUUAAUCGCAAUCCCGUUCUACGAAGAGACCCACAACAUACCACGGUCGCGAUAACUAGACCCCUCAGCGUCACUGUCACCGUACAACAACCGUUCAGCCUGCUCACCAGUCCCCGAAGAAGUCGUCUCCUCUCCGAAACCUCUCGCCCCUCUUCCUCUCAAAGUCCUUCCCGAUUACUCGGCAGGCUGUCCGCGCCCGCCAGCCCAGAACUUAACAGAUCCUUCUCCAAGAGUCUGUUGCACCCUACCUUAGAACAAACGCCUUACCAAACCGAUCGAACAUUUUGGGCACCAUCUUGCGCCGCAUUUCUUGCCUAUCAUCGAUGGUUCAACAACACCGGGAUGGAUAACAACCUUUUCAACCGGCCUUUCCACGACAUUUCCUACGAUGGCAAAAGGAACGUCGUAAGAUCGCGUUUCGGAGUACGAGUGAUUGAACUUAGAGAAACAUCGGGUGGAAUGGUUGUUGGUUCCCGACAAUUUCCAGGCUCUCGGCCACCUUUGGAGGCGUUAGUUCCACCAGCACCACCUCACUGCCUUGCCGCGCUCACUCUCGUCGCUGAAGAUUCCACUGGUAACCUUCUCAAACAUCCUCUUCCAACGGCAUUUUGA